AUGAGCAUCAAUCCCACUGAUGAGAAUAAUGUUAUCGUCACUCCUCGAGGAAUCGCAAGCGCAGCUGUCGUGCAGAAUGAUGUCGCAGCCAAUCGUCGAAGAAGGCUGGAGAUCGAGAAGGACCUUCAAGAUGCGAUCCAGUGCGGAGAUAACAUAAGUAUAAAUGGCGCUUCCACUCGAGGGCAAGGUACUCAAGUGGAGCGCAGAGCUCUAAUAAUUGCACCAACAUAUGAGGAGUACAAAAACAAAACGCUAGCGACCUUAACUUCAACCGCUGCAGAUGCAAGACUAGUAUAUAAAAUGCUUGUUGAGCACUUCGAUUAUAAGCCUGAAAACAUUCGGAUUCUUUGUAACGUUAAUGUUCCGGGUAUGGACGGUCGUUCGUUCCCAACCAAAAAAAUAUACGACGUGAGCCCCGGCUAUUAUCGUUUCCUACACUUCAGCGGACACGGAAUUAUUCAACUCAGCAAGAACGAAAAUGAAGGAAAACUGGUUCGGCGCCCAGGGUCAAACAUUUUGGGCAAAGAUCGGUGGAGGCCAGAUGUUAAGCCUAGGCAGGGCGACACUGAGCGAGCGCCUUCACAAAUUACCGCAGAAAGAAUCAAGGAAAUAACAGUGUCACUCGGUGAUCUGGCAUAUUAUAAUGAGGCGAUUGCUACGGGAAAUUAUGACGGCAAUAAGAAGCUAGAAAACAAUUUAAUAUAUGAUAAGGUAUCCGCAAUCGUCAAACUCUCCAAUCUUAAGGCUCACUUCUGUAAACUCAAGACACUUAAUGGGUACCUAUCAAAGCUCCCGGAGGAUUCUGUUAUGACUUGCACACUCGAUUGUUGUGCAAGUGGUAGAAUGCUCAAUUUACACACAAAGGUGGAAGGUGCUGGGUUUAGAGGUGGAGAUGAUGAGAGUGAUUCAGACGAAGACUCAGACGAUAAGCCACCUGGCAGGUGGUCUCGUGAGAAUGAAGCGAUCCGGAACUCGGAACUCGAUCUUAUAGGGGCUACCAACUCACGAGGGGCGUUGGAUCAAGGAAGAGCUGAAGCUGGUUCUGGACAGAAUUCUAGUAAACCGGUCGCCGAGAGAACAGAGCUUGAGGCCGGCUUCAUCCCGGGAGCCAGGAUUUUCUCGAGACUUCUUGGUGCAGUUGGUAUUAGCAGUUUCCAAGUGACUUUGAGUGAAGAGCUCCCUGAUGCAGAAAAGCAAAUGGACCAUACCAGACCGAACCUAUACGACAAAGUUAGCCUCGACGUAACUCAGCAUCGGCAAGCAGCCAUCCCCAAACUGGGAAGCGGCCCCAACCCUCAGUUUGUCCAGCUAUGGGGUUCCCUACCUGAUGAUUCCCAAGCCAGCAAGGACGGUCUCCUGGACUCGAAUGUUAUAUUCUAA